UUGCUUUGAGCAGCGUCUGAUUCACGUAGGCUGGGUGAUAUUUGAUGAUCCUUUAAAACCGUGCUUUGAUUAGUUGCCUCAGAGCGAUGACAAACUAUUUUGUGUUCUGUGCCUUGCAAGCGAUUUUGUCAAGAGUAUUCACCACUGUGCUACGGAUGGGUGUUUUGUGAUUGCUUAAUGGCUAUGCACUCCACGGAACAGAGAUGAACUUGUUUGUAAGAAGAGUGACCUUACCUGCAAUCACUCCACUUGUCCUGCAGAAAAGGGUAAUUAAGGUAUUUAAUGAAGAUGGCAGUAGCCGUGCAUUGGAGGUACCAAGUGACAUUGUGGCCCGUGAUGUGUGUCAGCUCUUCCUAAUGAGAAACCAUUGUGUUAAUGAAGGUGUCUGGACUAUUGCUGAGCACUUGUCUAAUAUUGGUAUAGAAAGAAUUGUAGAAGAUCAUGAAUCAAUAAUUCAGGUACAAUCAAGCUGGCCAAUGGAUCAAGACUGUAAAUUAUACUUCAAAAAAAAUUAUACUAAAUACGAAUUCUUUAAAAAUCCAUCGUUUUUUCCAGAAAACAUGGUGUCUAGCAGCAAUGAAACAAAUGGAUGUUUAAGUCAUCAACAGUUGAUAGAGGAUUUCCUGAGUUCAAGAACAUGUCCUGAAAUUCAUGGGCAUCUCCACAUUAGAGAACAGGGGAAGAAGUCUUGGAAGAAAUGUUACUUCAUCUUGCGAAGGUCAGGCCUAUACUUUUCCACCAAAGGAACGUCAAAGGAACCAAGACAUCUACAGUUUAUUGCUGAGUUAAAUGAAAGCAACGUUUACAUACUAUUAUCAGGGAGGAAGAUGUAUGGAGCUCCAACAAACUUUGGAUUCUGCAUCAAGUGUAACAAAUCAGCAGAUGCCAGGGACCUGCGGUUGCUCUGUGCAGGUGAUGAGCAGUCCAGGAUGUGCUGGGUGACCGUGGUACGGCUCUUCAAGUAUGGAUUGCAACUCUAUCAAAAUUAUAAGACUCCACCCCAAUGGAGCGGCAGCCUUGCAUCAGGGAAUUCAUCGCCAAUGAGGAGUAUCUCAGAAAACUCGCUGGUAGCAAUGGAUUUUUCAGGACGCAGAGGGCGAGUGAUUGAAAACCCUAGUGAGGCGCUGUCGGCCGCUGCUGAGGAAGGGUUGGCGUGGAGGACAAGAAGUUGGCAUCGUAUGAACGCACAUGGAAGUUCAACUGCAUCGCAGACAUCUACACCAUGUCAAGCUGUUCACAGAAUGCAGAUGUGGUUUCAUCACCGAAUCUCCAGAGAUGAAGCUCAAAAGGCAAUUGAACAACAAGGCCUUGUGGAUGGGAUGUUCUUAGUACGUGACAGUCAAAGCAAUGUGAAGAGUUUUGUUUUAUCGUUAUGUCAUUACCAGAAGAUAAGACAUUUUCAAAUUGUUCCGCUGGAAGAAGAUGGAGAAUUGUUUUAUUCCCUGGAUGAGGGUCACACCAAAUUUACUGACCUUAUUCAGCUGGUGGAGUUCUACGAACUUAACAAAGGAGCACUGCCCUGCAAGCUGAGGUACCACUGUACACGGAGUUCCCUUUGAAGCCAUCGGCUCAGCAGAAUGUCUUCAAUAAUAAAUGGAGUGUGGGCUUAGAACAAAAACACCGAAACUGUGAGAAAGUAUUUGUGAUGAAGUGUGUGAUGUCUCCGACAUAGGGGAAGACUGCCUGUGUAUUUGGAUGGUUAGAUUGAUGCUCAUUAAUAUUCCAUCUUUGUGGAUUUAUUUUUCAAUCCACUUGUCCAUAAGGAAUCAGUGUUUCUUUGGUUGCUGCUUGUAAUGGGAGGCCCGUACCAAGGCAAUCUGUGCGGCAUCAGUAAAAUCCACGCUGCUUGUCAGUUGUGUGGAAAGGAACUGCAGAUAUGCAGUAAAGAACUGCAGAUGCCGGUUUAAAUCGAAGAUAGACACAAAAUGCUGGAGUAACUCAGUAGGUCAGGUCGCAUCUAUGGAGAAAAAGGAUGGGUGACUUUUUGGGUCGGGAUGCUUCUUCAGACAGAACCCUGACUUUUUCUUACCUACAGUUCUCUCUCCUCAACAGUCAGUCUGAAGGAAGGAUCUCAAUCUGAAACGUCACCUAUUCUAUUUCUCCAGAGAUGCUGCCUGACCCGCUGAUACUUUGUGUCCAUCUUCUUGUGAGUUGAUGAUCUGCGCGCAACAACUUUGAUUGUGGAAACACUAUUCUCAUUUCAAAAUGUAUGCAUGCCUUUCUUAUUCAGAUCACAAUGCCUUGCUAACGGAACAAUCCUUUCAAUUGUAAAAGGCACCAAAACCUGAGAUAAAAUAUGCCAUUUUCUUGAUACCCAAGGCAACAAAUGAGCAGAGAUGGAUACAAAGUGUUGGAGUAAACGAGUCAGAGUGCGUUGUUCUUAUUUGAAGUGUGUGAGCAGUGAGACAGAGGGGUAUAAAAUGAGGGUAGAAGCAAUAGAUAGCAAGGUGAAAAGUAAAAGGGGCAGGCAGACAAAUCCAGGGCAAAAAUCAAAAAGGGCCACUUUUCAACAAAAUUGGAUAAGGGGUAAGACCGUUGUAAAAACAAGCCUGAAGGCUUUGUGUCUCAAUGCAAGGAGCAUUCGUAAUAAGGUGGAUGAGUUGAAUGUGCAGAUAGCUAUUAAUGAUUAUGAUAUAGUUGGGAUCACGGAGAUAUGGCUCCAGGGUGACCAAGGCUGGGAGCUGAACAUCGAGGGAUAUUCAAUAUUCAGGGGGGAUAGACAGAAAGGUAAAGGAGGUGGGGUAGCGUUACUGAUUAGAGAGGAGAUUAACGCAAUGGAAAGGAAGGACAUUAGCUUGGAGGAUGUGCAAUCGAUAUGGGUAGAGCUGCGAAACACUAAGGGGCAGAAAACGCUGGUGGGUGUUGUGUACAGGCCACCUAACAGUAGUAAUGAAGUUGGGGAUGGCAUCAAACAGGAAAUUAGAAAUGCGUGCAACAAAGGUAAAACAGUUAUAAUGGGUGACUUCAAUCUGCAUAUAGAUUGGGUGAAUCAAAUUGGCAGGGGUGCUGAGGAAGAGGAUUUCUUGGAAUGUAUGUGGGAUAGUUUUCUAAACCAACAUGUAGAGGAACCAAUGAGAGAGCAGGCUAUUCUAGACUGGGUAUUGAGUAAUGAGGAUGGGUUACUUAGCAGUCUUGUUGUGCGUGGCCCCUUGGGCAAGAGUGACCAUAAUAUGGUUGCGUUCUUCAUUAGGAUGGAGAGUGCCAUUGUUAAUUCAGAAACAAGGGUCCUGAACUUAAAGAAAGGUAACUUUGAGGGUAUGAGACGUGAAUUGGCCAAGAUUGACUGGCCAAUUAGGAAAAGGGGAUAUGCAACGAGACCAGGGUGUCAUGGUACACCAGUCAUUGAAAGUAGGCAUGCAGGUGCAGCAGGCAGUGAAGAAAGCCAAUGGUAUGUUAGCAUUCAUAGCAGAAGGAUUUGAGUAUAG